GAAUUAUAUUCUGAACAUUUAGCAUAACAAAAAUAAAGCAAAUCAAUAUUUGAUAUUAUUGAACUUGUUAAAUGUUGACUGUAAUUAUGUAUAGAAAAGAAAUAUGCAAUUCCAUUUAAAAAGAUGUUUGUGACCUUGAAAACGCAAAAAAUAUAAUAUUAUAAUCAUUGUGUAAGUAAUUUGUGAAGCCAUUCUAAUUCUGUUAGAUACUUUGUAUCUUUAAAUCUCACACAGAUAUUUAGGUGUCCGGUUUCUUUUGAUUUACUUUGUGUGUAUCUCGUAAGCAGGGUUGUGGCAUUUUUAAGAUUUCCCAUAAUCGAUAGGAUUAUUUUCAUCGUAAUAUUAAUAGAAAAUAUAUUGAAAUGAUUAUUAGAGUCUUUCUCUGUUUCUUAAAUAAUUUAUACAAUACUAACGUUAAACAAAAGUACAUCACUGCAGCAAAGUAUAAACUUGCAUUUUAAAAUUCCCGCGAUAAAUGGCAGACACUCGUCUAGUUUCUUUUUUACUCAAAUAAAAUUGGUAAUUAAAUGAUAAUCUUUUUUUACUCGCGGAUGGUAAUAAUAGACUAUAAGGUUACAACAAUGAUUACUAUACAGUCAAGAUAUUACCGAAAGAAAAAUGUAGAGGGCGCUUCUGGACGUCUUUCGUAGUCAAAGUGUUAAAAGACAACAUUUUUGAAAAAAACUCUAGUUUUAUAAACUUAAUUUUAAUAUAUAAUGAUCAUAUAAUUAUUGUAAAUAAAUCAUUAUUAUGAUUGAAGUUACGAAAGAAAAUUUCGCAGAAAUAUAUCCACAAUUAAAAGAUGAUUUAGAAAAUGCAGAUGUGAUUGCCAUUGAUACAGAAUUUACUGGCUUGGAUUGUGAUGAAAUUUCAAAAAUAAGUCUGUUUGAUACUACAGAAGAACGAUACAAAUAUUUACGAAAUACCCUUAAACCAUUUAUAAUUAUACAAUUUGGUAUUACUGUUUUAAAAAGAAUCCAAGAUAAAAAUGAAUAUAUUUCAAAAUCUUACGAAUUUUAUCUUCUACCUACAUCUGUUUUUACGAAGAAUAAAAUAAUCUCAUGGCAAAUUUCAGUAAUAGAAUUUUUAUCUUAUCACUCUUUUAAUUUUAAUAAGGUAGUUAAUCAUGGUAUCUCAUACCUAAAUCAAAUUGAAGAAGCUAUGCUAAAUGAACAGUGGAAAAAUGAUACGUUUUACAAAAAUGUUGAAGAUAGUAUGUCAUAUCAAGAAAAAGAUGAUGUUAAUCUUUACAGUUCUUUAAUAGCUGAAUGGUUAAAAGAUUUGAAUGAAAAAGAAAUUUACACUAUUCCCGCAUUUUCUCAUAAAUUUCAAUACUUUUUACAGAAAACUUUGAGAGAACGUUUUCAAAAUAUUUGGACCAUAUGUAAUAAGCAAACGGUACAAGUAAUUAAAAUAUCAUUGGAUGUUAGAAAAAUGUUAGAAAAUGAAAAAGAACAAAGUUUAGAACAUGCUUUGUUAAAUUCGUAUGUAGGAUUUUCAAACGUAUUUAAACUCUUGGUAGAAUUAAAGAAACCUAUCAUUGGACAUAAUAUUUUACUUGAUUUAAUGUUUAUGUAUAAAUUAUUUUACAAACCUUUACCAAAAAGAUAUUGUGACUUCAAGACUGAAGUAAAUCAUUUGUUUCCUAUUAUUUACGAUACUAAAUAUAUAUUUCACCAAGUGAAAGAAAAAUACGAAAUACAGGUUUUAAGUUCACUUGGUUCUAUUUAUUGUUAUUUUAAUAACUUGGCAAAAAGUUUUCCACAUAUAGCAGAUGACACAAACAACACAUCAAAGAAUUUUCAUAAUGCAGGAUGGGAUUCGUAUUGUACUGGAUACAUAUUUUUAAAAAUGGCAUAUAUGUUUGCUAAUGAUAAAUAUCCAUUGUCUUCAAAUUACAUCGUAAGCCAAGAAGAAUUAAUGAGUUUAAUAGAAGAGUAUGCAAAUUGUAUAAAUUUAUCAAAUGCUAGUGCACUUUAUUUGAAACUUGAUGGUAAAGAUCCAAAAUCGGGAAGACCACCAUGGUUGUUUGUAAAAACACGAGAAUCAACUUAUUUAGAUAUAAGUAAGAUUUCCAAAGAAUUAUCGCAAUUUGGAACUUUCGAUAUAAAACCUUACAAUCGUGGACGUGCUUUGGUAGCUGUGGCGAAUCAUGCGAGCGCGUAUGAUAUUUUAAAUCAUUUUCAUAACAACAAAGAAUUAAGUAUCGUUCGUUAUAAUCCAAUAAAACAUGCCCCAUCUGUGAAGUAUCUUCUUUUAGGUAGUGUAAUCGUAUCUAGUGGAAUAUUGGCUUGGAUAAUUCGUCGUUCUAUAUCACCAAAACUUUCUGAUCGUAAUCUUUCCUGCCAAUAAUGAAAAUACGUAAUGUGAUGUAAAAAGUUAUUUUAAACAAGAGAGAAUAUGGAUUACACGUUGACCGUUCCAAUUAAUUAGAUUUACAUCGGAGGACAAUUUUUUGUUGAUCAAUUCAGCAGUGUUUUUUGCUUACGUCUUGAAAUUGUAGGUAUGCUGCAGUUUUCAAAAUGGACGUAGUACACGCUAUAAAUAUAAAUUAUUAUAUGUGUGUAUUAAAUAAAAUUAUUCAAAUUAUAGACAUAAUUAAAAUGAAUAU